AUGGAACUUCAAGGCAAGGUUGCGCUCGUUACAGGGGCGUCCAGGGGUAUUGGCGCUCAGAUCGCUGAGGAGCUGGCGAAGAGAGGUGCCGAUCUGUUCCUCACCUGGACACCAACCUCGGGCGGCAAAGAACGCGCAGCGAAAGUCAUCGAGAAGAUCAAGGCCCUCUCCCCAAACACGACCAUUCAGGGCACGGCCGUCGACCUCAGCCUCCCAGAAUCCCCCGCACAAGUAAUCGAAGCCUUCCUCCAGCACUUCGCCAAAAUCGACAUCCUCAUCAAUAACGCCGGCACUGACCUCCUCGGCGCCAUCGCCGACACCACCCUCAUCGACUACAACCGAGUCAUGGACCUCAACCUCCGCGGCCCCUUCUUCCUAACCCAAGCCGCCCACCCACACCUCCGCGCACCCGCCCGCAUUAUCAACAUCUCCUCGAUCGCGGCCCGCAGCGGCUUCCCCAUCGGCUGCGUGUACUCCAUGUCCAAGGCCGGGCUAGAAGGCAUGACGCGCUCCAUGGCGAAGGCUUACGGCGCAGAUGGCACAACCGUGAACGCUGUGGCGCCCGGCGUGGUGGAGACGGAUAUGCUGGGGAAGUGGGAGAAGGAGUGGAUUGCGGAGGAUGCUGCGAUGACGCCUGUGCAGAGGAGGACGGGACAGCCGGACGAUGUCGCGCAGAUUGUGGCGUGGUUGGCUGGUGAAGGGAGCCGUUGGGUCAGCGGGCAGACGAUCAAUGCUUGUGGAGCUGUGACGAUGAUUUGA